ACUUCACUCCGUAUCCUGUCCACAUGCGCCAACAAACCAUAGCCACCUGCACUACCAGGCUACUACUCUGCUCUCACUGCCAUGCUCUGCUGUGCUCCCCGACGAUGAAAGAUGGGAACGCCGACGCCUCCAAGCCAUUGGACGAUCUUUCACUUCAUCUCUCUCUCCCUUCUAUUCCAUGCCCAAUUCAUUUUGUCCGUCGGGUGUGGUAAUGUGCUGGAUCAGGUCACCGUCGCUCGAAGAGCGGCGCCGGCAAACAACCUCCGGGUGCCGGCAGGUUCGUCGUUCAAGAUCGCGCUCUUCGCAGACCUGCAUUUCGGGGAGGACGCGUGGACGGAUUGGGGUCCUCUGCAAGACCGAAACUCUAUCAGAGUCAUGUCCACCAUACUCGACCAAGAAACCCCAGAUUUUGUUAUUUAUCUUGGAGAUGUGAUCACGGCUAACAAUAUUCCCAUUCAAAAUGCAAGCUUGUACUGGGAUCAGGCAAUCUCUCCUGCAAGAGCUAGGGGCAUACCAUGGGCUAGUGUGUUUGGAAACCAUGAUGAUGCACCUUUUGAGUGGCCAAUGGAGUGGUUUUCAGCUACUGGAAUUCCUCAACUUCGUUGCCCUGUGCCAAAUUCGUCAUAUUCAGGGGAAGAAGAGUGCAGGUUCAGAGGUACACAGCGCGUGGAGCUGAUGAAAAAUGAGAUUGAUCAAAAUGUAUUAUCAUACUCCAGAAAUGGACCUAAUGAUCUUUGGCCAAGUAUAUCCAACUAUGUUCUUCAAGUUUCAUUAGACCCUUCACAGUCCCCUGUGACAUUCAUGUACUUUCUGGAUUCUGGUGGAGGGUCUUAUCCUGAAGUUAUAUCAAAUGCUCAAGCAAAGUGGUUUCAAUACACAUCCCAAGAGAUCAACCCUGAUUUGAGGGUCCCUGAGAUAAUUUUCUGGCAUAUACCAAGUAAAGUUUAUAAGAAGGUGGCUCCAAAGUUUGGAAUACAUAAGCCUUGUGUGGGUUCGAUUAACAAGGAGAGAGUUGCUGCUCAAGAAGCUGAAAUGGGUAUCAUGAAGCUUCUUCUAGAGCGGCCUUCUGUGAAGGCAGUGUUUGUAGGUCACAACCAUGGAUUGGAUUGGUGCUGCCCUCACAAGAAGCUGUGGCUAUGCUUUGCCAGGCAUACUGGGUAUGGAGGCUAUGGAAACUGGCCCAGAGGAGCUAGAAUUAUAGAGAUAACUGAAGGGCCCUUCUCUCUCAGGUCAUGGAUAAGGAUGGAGGACGGUCUCUUGCACAGCCAAGUAGAUUUGAAUUCUUAGGGGUCAGCUGCUUUUUCUGUGUACCAUCAAGGGAAAGGAAAAUUUAUAAAAAAGAAAAAUAUGAAAUAUGUACUUGUAUUAUUUAAUACCUUUAGUUGGCAAGGUUUAAGCAUAAGAAAAUUUUUAUGAAGUUAUGAUUUAAUGUGCAAUGAAGAAAUCUUUUUCUUAGCCAAA